ACGAAGGGGGACUUUAAUAGCAGAAAAGUGUGGGCAAAACAUCAAAGGAGUGGGGCAGGGUGAAGACAGCAGCGGGACCAGGCGUACCGCGGCCUCUCGACUCCCAACUGGGAAACCCAGGAAGGAGGGACAUCGUCGCCUAGUCUGCAGCAAGGCGCCGGCCAGGGUGGUGAUGAGACGACACCGGACCUGGAAGGAUCGGGUCGAGCCGCAGAAGGAGGCAGUUCCUGCGCGGAGAACCGAACCAGCCCACGUGGGUCAGACCGCCCCGCCCAGCCACGCAGACGCCGCUGGGCUCUGCAGGUCGGGGCCGGGCUGGGCGAGCGGUGCCGGGACCACGCAGCCACGCCACGACGCGUGCACGCGCAGGCCGAGCACCCCCGCUACCCCGCUGCGAUCAGGCCCCGGAAGAACCGUAGCCAGCCUUGAAGGAGCCGGCGCUUCUAGGCCGAGAAUCCCUGGCUGUCCUGGAACUUGCUCUGUAAACCAGCCUGGCCUUGAACUCACAGAUAUCCACCUACCUCUGAUUAAAGACCAGAUGUUCGCUGCCAUCCAGCCAGGUCUAGCAGAGGGGGCCCAGUUCCUGGGGGGCCUGCCUCCUGGAAUAUGUCAGCCCGAGUUCCAACCAGACGAUAAUUCCAACUUUGUGGAGAGUGCUAAGGAUGCCAAUAAGAACUGGCAUGGUGUGCCAGGCAAAGUGGAACCCCUCCCGAUGAGGAGUUCCUCUGAGUCACCCUCUGACAACCAGGUCUUCCAAGCCACUGGGCUCCUUGAGGCGGGAGUCCGCAGUCCCCCAGAGGGUGCAGAGCUCCCUGGUGCUGCUGAGCCUGAGAAGCUGAGUGUUGCCAGCAGCGUGUGCUCGCCUCUGGAGGACGUUGGCUAUGCCAGCAGUUCCCUGAGCAUCGACAGCCUCAGCAGCAGUCCAGAGCCUACCUGUGGGACUCCUCGAGGCCCAAGCCCUCUGGAUCCCCUUCUGCCCUCUGUGGCCCAGGCUGUGCAGCAGCUGCAGGCUCAGGAGCGCUACAAGGAGCAGGAGAAGGAGAAGCACCAUGCGCACUUGGUAAUGUACCGUCGCUUGGCCCUGCUUCAGUGGAUCCGGGCUCUCCAGCACCAGUUGGUUGACCAGCAGGCCCGACUGCAAGAGAGCUUCGACACCAUCCUAGACAACCGUAAAGAACUCAUCCGCUGUCUCCAACAGAGGGAGGCAUCGUGUGGGCACCAGGACCACUGCUAAGGGUGUACGCGAGUGUGUAUAUUUACAGGCCUGUGUGUGGUUAUGCACAAGUACGUACGUGAGUAUCAGUAGGCAUGAGUGCAGGUAAUAAGUGUGUGUGUGCUAACAUGUAGGCAGGUAUCUACAGGCAUGUGUGGAUGAAGUUGUAUGCAUUAUGUGUAGCAUGUAUGUUUAUGUAUGCAUGUGUGGCUAGAUGCCCAAGAAUGUAUAUAUAUAUAUUCCCGAAUAAGAUGUACUUGCAAAAUGUUUGUAUGCAUAUAUAUCAGUUAAAUGUACAGGCUUAUGUUGGGUGUGAAUGAACCUUUGUGUGUUGAGAUCUAUGUCUGCCAGUGCUGGCAUAAGAAGCGUAUGUUAGGGACGUGUGUAUUUGCAGAGAGACUUAAGAACAGCAAUUGUAUUGCAGGGCAUCCACCCAUUCCCGAGUUCCCAAAGUCCACCCCAGCCUUAUUCUCUACUGCGUCUCCCAGCUUCCUGGAGAAAGGAGCCUAUCUUGCUGUCAUAGAUUGGAAGGUGGUGGUUGAUGUGGUUGCUCCAUUCUCCUGAAGUUUCCCAGGGUACCUCCUAUCCCUCCUCCUCAUUUCACCCAGGUCUUGCUCUGCCCCUAAUGUUGGCUUUUUGGUAAGAGCUUUUUUUUUUUUUAUGUGGGGUGGUUGCUUUUUGUUUGUUUUGCUCGCUACUGUAUGCGGGAUUGAGCCCCAAGCCUUGUGCGUGCAAGGCAAACUGCUUACCACUGAGCUGCACCCCCCAGCCCCUGGUCAGAGUCUUUUUGGCUGCUCUGGCCUUCCGUUGCACAUUUGCUGUGCUUUGGUCAGGGGAGUUGGUGGAGAACUGGUGUCAGGGAGGGAGCUGGCAUGAUGGUGGAGGUAAUGGCAGGGUGGGGAAGGGGAUAAAAAAAGCUAGAAGAGGAGCUGGAGAGAUGGCUCAGAGGUUAAGAGCAUUGCCUGCUCUUCCAAAGGUCCUGAGUUCAAUUCCCGGCAACCACAUGGUGGCUCACAACCAUCUGUAAAGAGGUCUGGCGCCCUCUUCUGGCCUUCAGGCAUGCACACAGACAGAGUAUUGUAUACAUAAUAAAUAAAUGUUUAAAAACAAAAAAAAACAAAGUUAUAAAAAAAAAAAAGCUAGAAGAAACUGUCUUCAUGCGGCGGUGGUGGCACAUGCCUGUAAUCCCAGCACUCAGGAAGCAGAGAUAGGCAGAACUAUUGAGUCUGGUCUACAGAGUGAGUUCCCGGACAGCCAGGGCUGCACAGAGGAACCCUGUCUUGAAAAAAAGGAAGGAAGGAAGGAAGGAAGGAAGGAAGGAAGGAAGGAAGGAAGGAAGGAAGGAAGGAAGGAAAAGAAAAAGAAACUGUCCUCUUGAAUUAUCUUUGGCUCCAUGGGAUGGAUGAUGGGGAUGGAAGAGAAUGGUGGUGUAGAACUCCGUGAAGAACAGGAGAAUGGUAUUCUGAAACACACCAUAUUGCGCCCCUGUGAGGAGAGGCUGGCCACCAUGUUAAUUUAAAUUUCUGCUGAAGGAGACUGUGUGCAUAGAAGCAUGCAGGUAAUAGACCAGAUGCACCAAGGCUGUCGGGGCACAGGGAGGAAGCCUUCCUUCUCUUCACCUCGCCCUUGCUGCCUAUAUUGCCUUAGCAACAGUGAAUGUCCAAUUGGUUUCAUUCAUUUUUCUGCAAUCUGAGUCCAGAGGAGCCAGAGCUCAUCUUCCCAAGUGAGCCGGGGACAGUGUCAGUCCAGCAUCCCGGGAUGGUUCUUUGCUUUUUCUGCAUGGCCCCUCUGAACAAAAAUUGACAAGCCCCAGCAGGGGCGUCAAGCCUUGGAGAUGAACGCAUAUUGGGUGGACUAACAAUUAAGGUAGUGGAGCCUUUUGUUUUGUUUCUGGGUGCCAAGAGAAUGCAAUGACAUGAAGCAGGAAUGGUGGCAGGUGACAGGGAAGACACUGACGGUGCCUCUGUCCCUCGGUCUCCCCACCUGUCAAGUGGGGGUCCUUUCACUCUCUCUCCAAAGAGUUCCAUCUUCGAUUGGAGGGUGGGUGAGAUGUGGGCCCGGUGACUUUCUAUAGUUCUUGCAUGUUGAAUGUGAACCUGGCCUUUGGACCAAUCCAGGAUAAAUAAACUAAGGCAGAAAAUUAAAUCAUUUGAGGAUGUGUUUUUGCUCUAUCUGUUGCCUGGUGGCCUCCUCUACACCUGAGUUCUCCUUGGUAGCUGGGGCCAAGUGCUGAAAGUCUUGGAGAAUUUGCCUAGCAGUCACAGGCCCUCCCCAGCUGACAGUGGAGACUUGGCCUCUGCCCUGACUGCACCAUUAGGGAUUGUCCUUGUCCUGAGUCACACUUGGAUUUGAGGAGAUGAUCAGGGAGCAUCCCAUGCUGUGCACCCCUGCUCUGGAGGAUGUCCUGACUGCAGAAGCCUGUGUGAGGGUCUUCACAUGACUCUGACACAGAUGUCUUUAUCUUAUUGUGGUACUAUGGCACACGCCUUUAAUCCCAACUCUCAGGAGACAGAGACAGGUGGAUCUCCAUAAGUUCGAGGCCUACCUCGUCUGGUCUACCAAGUGAGUUCCAGGACAGGCUCCAAAACUACAGAGAAACCCUGUCUCGAUGGAUGGAUCUAGAAAACAUCAUAUUGAGUGAGGUAGCCCAGACCCAGAAAGACAAAUAUCAUGUGUACUCACUCCUAAGUGGCUUUUAGACAUAAAGCAAAGAAAAACCAGCCUACAAUUCACAAUCUCAGAGAACUUAGACAACAAUGAGGACCCU